AUGGGUUCUAGCACACUUCAAGGCUUUUCCAGACUCAGUAUCUCCGGUCUCAGACUUAUCAACGCGUAUGGGCCUUGCGAGGCAUCUGUCGCCUGCACAAUGGGAGAGAUCGACUACAAGAGAGCAAACCUUUCUGGAAGUCACGGUCCUAUCCCAGUUGGAGAAACGCUACCCGCUUAUGCCAUCCACAUCUUGGACGGCCAAAUGCAGCCGGUAGCUACAGGAUGGCCAGGCGAGAUCUGCAUUAGCAGUGGCGCUGUAUCAUCAUUUGGUUAUUGGAAUCGAGAGGAUGAAACCUCGGCGCGUUUCCGGGACUUCAACGGCGUCCGGGUCUACAAGACUGGAGACUACGGCCGCAUACUGCCCGACGGUAAACUGGAGUACCGCGGGCGACUGAAGGGUGACUCGCAAAUCAAGCUGCGGGGGAUGCGUCUGGAGCUUGGGGAAAUCUCCAGCGUCCUUGUCCGGGCGUCCCAGGGUGUGCUACGGGAGGCUGCAGUGAUUGCUAAGGGGCAACCGGAGCCGUACCUUGUAGCAUUCGUGGUCUUUUCCACCACCUCUGACUCCCCAGUCAAUGUUGACUCUUUCCUCGACAGUCUGCGUAGCGGGCUUCCUCUUCCCGCAUACGCCAAACCCACGGUGAUCACCGUUAUCGACCGCAUCCCGUUGACCAGCAGCGGCAAAGUUGACCGGACAGCACUGGGCAAACUUCAGAUCCAUCAACGGCAAAUAACAACUUCUACAUCAGGUGCGCUGAACAUCGUCGAAAUGAAAAUGAAAGAGCUAUGGGAAGAACUUCUCCCGGUAACGGGGCUUCCUAUCACGUCGCGGUCCAAUUUCUUCGACCUAGGAGGCAACUCGCUGCAGAUCCUAAGGCUACAGGGACGCAUUCGAGCGAUCACGACUGUCAGCAUCCCGGUGCACAAGCACCUCCCAACACGAUCCUGGGAGAUCGAAACCGCUAUUCCCAGCUCCUUCGAUGACUCCAUCGCCAUCCCAGACCCUCUCAAUCACCCCGCACACCCGCCUCGAGAAGUUAUCCUCACCGGCACAACAGGCUUCUAUGGCACUGCACUCCUCAACCACCUCCUCUCAAUACCAUCCAUAACCCACAUCCACUGCCUCGCCAUCCGCCCCAACGCAGACGGCUCCCCCCGACACCUUCCGCACCUCUCAUCCCCCAAAGUCCACCUCUACAGUGGCGACCUCUCGCAUCCAACCCUCAGCCUCACAGAAGUCGAAGCCACUCGCCUCGCCUCCACCGUCGACUGUAUCAUCCACAACGGCGCCGACGUGUCAUCCCUGAAGCCGUAUUCCGCGCUGCGUGCCCCCAAUGUCCACUCCACCAAAUUCCUCUUCAGUCUAUGCAUUCCCCGCCGCAUCCCCUUCCACUAUAUCUCCACCGCUAGCGUCACGUCUCUAUCCAAGAAAGACGAAUAUCCCGAAGCUUCGGUAGCAAGCUACCCCCCACCCACGGACGGCUCGGCCAGUGGACAUACAGUGGGCUAUGCGGCAAGUAAAUGGGCUAGCGAGGUUUUCCUUGAGAAGGCUAGUGCGAGAUAUACUGAUGUCCCGGUUCGUGUUUAUCGUCCUACAGCUAUCACUGGAGAGGGGGAUAUGGCUAUUUCAGCGACGAGUGGUGGUGUUAUCGAGUCUGUGUUGGAUCUGAGUAGAGAAAUGCGGGCUACACCUGAGACUGGCUCCUGGAGGGGGUAUAUUAAUCUGAUUGGGGUGGAGAAGGCGGCUGCGAUGGUGGUGGGAAGGGUUGUUCAUGAUAGUGGUAGCGGUGAUUAUUGUGGGAAUGCAGUACAAUACUCGCAUGUCUGUGGGGAGAAGCGGUUCAAAGCGAUUGAAGUGAGGAAGUUCUUGGAGAAGGAGGAGGGGGUGGAAUUCCAGGAGCUGAAAUGGAAGGAAUGGUUGGCUAGGGCCGCUGAUUAUGGGAUUGAUGAUGGGGUUGCGGCUUAUUUGGAAGGAUUGCAGGGGGAGACUGGUAGUGCUGGGGAGUUUUUCUUUUUGCCGUUGUUGGGGGGGCGGAUUAAGUGA